CAUCAUCACAAACAAAAUAAAGCGUUGUCCCCAAUAUGGAAAGGCCCUUUUAAAGUAUUAAAAUUAAACGGAAACCACACUCUGACCCUGUUAAUAAAUCGGAAACAUAUACGUCACCAUUACGAUGAAGUUAAACCCGCACGUUAGACCUAUCUCUUAUCUUUGUUACAGGAACUUGAUAUGCUUAGCGCGUGGCCGCUUUGUAACAUCAAUUAAAGGCAGUUCCGGAUUGUAUUUCGAUAAACUCUUAGAUCUUAAGUUUACGAAUGAUAAAUGGAAUAUCGUUACUUUUCUUGACAUAGGUCACAUCCAAAUCCAUUUAGACAAAGUCGAAAUAUUAUUUACUAAACUUGAAACCUUCUGCAACAGCCAUAGCUCUUCCAAAAUACAGCAAGACUGUAUCAAUGCGUUCGUUUCGUUACGAAACCAACAUUCAACAAAUCUCAAGAAGUUUUCAUCUAUUUCGUACCUAAUUUCUAACUCGAAAACGAGUCGAGUGAAACGCGGCCUAAUAAACGCAGGUGGCAACUUGUUAAAAACGUUCUUCGGAACCUUAGAUUCCGAUGACGCUGUCAAGUUCACAAGUGCUAUCAAUCAGGUACAGGCAGGCGAAAAAACACUCGCAAAGCUUAUGAAAGAUAACAUUCAUAUUCUCAAGUCCACUAUUACGAAUUUUAAUUCUACAAUUAAUAAGGUUAAUUAUAAUGAAAAACUUUUAAAUAAUAAUUUUAAAAUACUUAAUGAAACUCUGGGCUACCUAAUAAAUAGCAACGAUAAGAUAGAAAUUAAAGCCAAACUGAACUUAUUACUUAAUGAAAUCGAAAGCAUAGUAAUGUCUCUCUCCUUCGAUAUCGAUGAUAUCAAUAACAUAAUUUUAUUUAGCAAAGUUAAUAUAUUGCAUCCGACUGUACUCAGCCCGUAUCAACUUUUCUCGGAACUAGAGCAAAACAAACACUUCCUACCUAAACACUGCGAAUUACCCCUAACUCUAACUAUAAAUAAUGUUCACGAUUUAAUUGAAAUAUCUGAUAUUCUUUCCUUUUAUUAUAUCAGUAAAUUAGUUGUAGUUCUUAAAAUCCCGUUAGUUAUCCCACAGAUAUAUGAUUUAUAUCAUACUAUUUCUAUACCAGCCGCCUACGACGUCUCGAAACCUGAUACCUUUGUACUUAUCGCUCCCAGUAAACAGUACUUGGCAAUAACGAAUGAUAGGAUGUUUUACUCAUUAAUAGAAAGUGUGGAAAAGUGCAAAGUUGUGUCAAAUCAGUGUUACGUGUGUGAAUUAACAAGCGUUUUCUCGACGAUCGCGAAUCCUACGUGUGAGACUGUACUGAUAACUGAAGUAGUAAAUAAGUUACCUAGUUUAUGUCAAGUUAGAUUAGUUCAAGGUCAUAUUGAUGUUUUUCAGAAACUUACAAAUAACAGAUGGAUUUUUGUUCAAUCGGAACCCGGUAAAGGUCAUUUCUCUUGUGAAAAUGAACAUAACAAAUAUGACGAAAUCUUAUUUGGAACCGGAGUUAUGUUUUUACCUAAAGGAUGUAAAGUGUUCUACAAAGCCCUUCAGUUUAGAGCUAGCCAAACAAUUGAAACCAAUGUAACAAACUUUAUUUCUAAUUUUAAUUUAACCGAAGACGAUUGUUGUGACAAAGAACGGUUAAAUAAAACUCUGUUGCGGUUACCAUUUGCCAAACUGUCCAAUAUUAAUGAUUUCGAGCAGCUUUUACAAGCGAGUAUUCAUUUAGAUGAUUUUGAGAAUGAACUAAAUAAAUUAGAUCUUGAACCUUCCCACUUAGAAAAAUAUAGUACGCAUUAUCUGUCUCUGACAUAUAUAGUAUCCAUUUUAAUAUCACUAUUCAUGUUGUAUAAAGCAAGAAAAUUUGUAUGUAAUAAAGGCACAUCUGACUAUUGCAUUCAAAUAUUUAAUCAAUGCCACAAUAAGAAUUCUAAAGAAUACCGCAAUAAGAAGACAACUAUUUCAAUCAAGGACACAAGUCCCGAAAUUUCAGAAGAUGAAAUUAAUACUAAUUCUUCUAAAUCCUUGCCAACGCCAUCAAGGCGUAACUUUGUUUAGAUUUUGCUAUAAUUAUAAUCAUACAUACUUAAAAUUAUACUUAAAAUUA